AUGACUUCAUCUACGUCAACUCGCUCUACUUUUUCCGGAAUUUCGGAGGGUUGGUUGAGUGAGGCCGGUUCUAGUAGGUUACAGAAUCGGAGUAGCGCAGAAGAAUCGCAAGAAGAUUGUCCAAAAUGUGCAGCACUGAGAUUGAACACCGUUAUUGCUGAAGAAGCUUUAGCUUCCUUAAGUGGGCAGUUUAAAAAUCUUCAGAAGGAACUAAAGAAAACAGAACAGGUAUCCAAAAUAAAUGAAGAGCAAGCUAAAUAUAUUGAUGAAAGACGUUCAAAGCUAGAAAAUUUGGAAGCAGAACACACAUCGUUGUAUGCGGAGUAUGAGAAUUUGCGGAUCACUCAUGACAGUCUAAAAAGACAAUAUGAUGAAGUGGUCGCUACAGCACGAAGGAAUCAGCGUUUAAUCGAAGAAUCAGUGAAAUAUCAUGAAACUUGUAAAGUUGCUGUGGAAAAUCUCAUGGCUGAAAAAGAAGCACGUCAGGAAUUGCUUGCAAAAUAUCUGAAAAGUGUGGAAGCUGCAGCGAAAAUAAAUGAUUCAAUGAAACAACUUGAAAAGAAAUGUGUCCAACUGCAAGCAAUGAAUGAAAAGUUGGAACCCUUUAGAUAUCAUUGUCCGGCAAUGCUCCGACUCCUUCUUGAGUUUGGCGAAAUUAUUGAAAAUAAUGGUUUAAUGACAAAAUCACUGCAAAGACGUCUUGCUCGAUAUAAAGAUAAGGAUGAUUUGCGUGAAUACUUGCUUAGAAAGUCAAGAAGAUUAACGAAUUUAAGUGAAUCAAGUACAAAAACAAUGGAAGAAAGUAGUGAUGAUGAUGAAUUAGCAAAGGACGUGGAACAUUUAUUACUGACAACUGGUAGUCCACCUCAUCCGAGAUCACCAAAAAAAUCAGUAUCUCUUAACGAAGAAUUAAGGAAUGAUGAGAAAACUAAUGAUCACUCGACAAAUCCUGUGAAAGAAACGUCAAAUAUCGGAGUUGAAAAAGAAAACUUUUUGAGGAAACAAUUAGAAAAUGUGGAAGAUCUGCAUAUGUCCUUUCCGAGGUUUCAAUUCAAUUCAGAUACACAUAUGGAUGAGGCGAAAGCAAUAUGCAAAAGGCAGUUGAAGUUAACUGAAAAGCAGAAAAUCGAAACACUUUAUGUGGAAAAGAAAAAAAUUGAUGAUGUUCUGAGCAUAUGUUUUCCAAGCACUUUAUCUUCCUCAUUGGCAAAGAAAAAUAAACAGUUGGUUGGAAAAGAUGUGCAGGAAAGUGAAGAUGGGUUGCAAAAGAAUAUUGUCCAGGAUAUGUGUGAGAAUAACUCGAAAAUUGAAAGAGACAAAAAUAUGCCGGAAGUGGAGGUCACCUUCAACUCGAUUGUUUAUCAAAACAAUGAAGAAAAACAAGUUUGUAGAAGUACGGAACGGCUUUCCACGUGGCUUAGCUUUGUGCAUUUGGAUCCUCUGCUUCCUGAACUGAACAGACCGACAUUUCUAGAUAAUGAAACUGAAUUAUCAAAGCAACACAGUUCGGUUGAUUUUAUGGAUAAUCUCUUCGGGUCGUCGUCUCCUAGCACAUCAAGCAGACGAACAUCAGUGGGUUCAACGGAAAGUUGCAUAAUUCCAAAAAAUAAGACAGGGAUGAGGUCUGAACUCAGCUGCUCAGUUGAUGCAGUAUUAACAACAGAGGAAACUAGCUUCCUUAUUGAACCUUUAUCAUUACCUCUUGUUUCCUCAAGUUCCGUAUAUUCCUCUGUGACAGAUAGUAUUAUACCAGUAUCUGAAGCAUUGGAAGAUUCUAGUUCGUUAUGCCGUGCAUCCGUCUCCAUUAUGGAAACUGGUACUAAUGAUGAACGGCCGGGUAAUGAGUCCGUAGAGAACCACAGAGUCUCAGAUGAAAUCACGGAAAUACCUUUUAUGGAAGCGCUUGUACCGACAAUUAGACAAAGAUUAAGGCCUAAGACUACUGAUUCGAAAUCGGUUCGAAGUUCAGUCACAGAGAAAUCGUCACAGAGAAAACAUAGUGGAUUUAAUUCUCCAAAUGGAAAUGAAAAUUUCAGAAUUAGAAUUGCCUCUCCGAAGUUACCAAAAGUAAUCACGGAAUCGUCUAGUACCAAGGAAGAUGAAUUAGAUGAAAACCAGGGUUCCAGGAUGCAAUCCUCAAGAAGUGAGAAAAUGAUCUCAGGAAGAGCAGUAUUCGGUGGAAAAACAUGUUCAGAAAAGGACGAAAAUCUUGUAAGAUUAUCAGAAGGUAAAGUAGAAAGUGUUCUAAAAAUGUUGGCAGUCAAAAAUGCUGAAUUAAAAACUAUCCAAAAUGAACAGGAAUUCGAGAGAUGUGUUGGUAAUCCAACUUCACAAGAACAACCGUUACAUUCAACGAGAAUGAAACAACUACAAAUUGACUCCUUUUCUUCCAAACAUAUGGAGGAGUUGUCGAUUGACUCCAAGGAACUUAUUAGUGUUCAGAAUGACCUGAGAACAGAAGAUGUAUUAAUGCAACGGGAAAAUGCGAAUACCAAACCCGGCGAAACUAUAGGUAUUCGAAAUGAUAACAAUAUAGCAUUACAUAGACGCUCGCAAAAAGAUUGGGAUUUGAAUGAAAUGAAAUCAUUAAAAAAUAACAGAAAGAUUUUGAAGAGACAUGAAAUCCCAGGCACUAUAAAGUUAGGAAAUGAAGUUGGAAAGAAAAAAAACAUUCACUCAUUAGGAACGCGAAUUCAGCAAGAAAUGGCACUGAGAAAUGAGUUAGAAAAUACCAAGAUUGCCGUUGAAUCUCUAUCAAAGAAUGAACAAAACAGGGAAUCCAGAAAAUUAACUUUAACACGGAAUAAUCAAGUUACAUGUGAAUCAAGAAAACGAAAAUUAGCUGAGGAAGGAUGCAGCAACACAGAAGAUGAGUGGAAAGAUGGCGAUCAAACUACGGCAUCUUUGCAAAAAUCAAAAAUGAUUGAGACUGAUCAUGAAAAGGAGCCAGUGAGUGAGGACAAUGAGUGUACGAUGAAAUCUACAACAUUGAACAUCAAAUCACUCAGAACAGAAUUGAGCGAUGAUGAUGGUGAUGAUAACCGACUAGAAAUUGUUGCAGAUGAAGUUGAACUUUCACAUCUUAAUAUCGAAAAUGCAUCAGGCGCGAUUCAUGUUUCUAAUAAUUGCGAGAAGUCAGAGAAAACUAAAAGAACAACAGUGGCUACCAAGAAAUCGGUCAGUAUAAUGAGGUCAGAAAUGUACAAAAAGAUGCAUAGACGGCUUGCAGUGCAAACAUCAUGCAUGAAAGAAAUUGGGAGAGUUCAAGGACGUAAAUCUAUGGGGAACAAGGCAAUUCCUACAUUAUCAACAUCGAAAAAAAUGGAACGACCAAAUAUUUCACAGCGGAGAAGAACAGCAGUGAUGGUUCCUACCGGAAGAGAUGAAUUGAAAAAGGCCAAAAAUGUAGGGCUGCCGGUGAUUCAACAAAGCCUAUCCUCGACAAAAGUUGCAAAUGGAAGUGAUGAUGCUGCUGUAAUGUGUUUAUUUGAUCAGGCAAUCUCAGAAAGCAACUAUGAUGACAAAUUACUGGAAAUAAUCCAGAAGUUCCAAACACCAGCUAUUUCAGUAAUAUCUUGCGAGAAAUUAGCUGAAUGCUGUGUCAAGUUUAUAAGCAAACUUGAUGUCGGCAAUAUGUGGCAUAGUGUCGUGCUUGCAGUUCGUUAUUGGUCAGGUAAACAAAGGUACGGGUGUACAGUUGGUGAAGUUCUAGAACUUCAUCAAGUAGCAUCGUCAAAAGAGCGAAAUUUCAUCGAAGUAUUACAUCAGUUGAGUGGUGAAGUGCACUGGAAUGAUGUUAUUUUAUUUUUUCUGUGGAAAAUGAUAAUAUCAGUGAUGAAAACGCGUCCUGUGUCUGCUGCACAACAUGGUCUCAGCAUUCGAUGUGUACUCUUAUGUACUCGAAUAUUGUUGCAAGAUGGCUCAAAUAAUGAGGUGCUGAGAAAGGUGACCAACUUGUUGCAACACUUGAUAGAACGAGAUUCACCAGACAGAGUUGUACCGAUGAUGUGCUAUUCGAUUGCAAUUGUUCCUGAAAUUGUUGACAAACUGUUACUCGAAGAUAAUGAGCAGUAUGAGCCUGUACGUCGCGUGAUGUCUGUACAUCUUGCUUCAAGAGAUGAGCUUUUUACAAUAUUCAAUAAAGUGAUUAUGUCACGUCUUCUCAACAAAAAUACAUAUAGCACCACAUGUCUGCAAAAACUUAGUAUUCAUGGUUUCCAACAUUGGUUUACUGAAUCUAUCAAUGUGAUUAUUACGGACAUAAAUGGCUUGAAUUUAGAAUCUAUGGAGUUGAGCUCCAGGCUUUCAUCGGCAAUGAUGACGUGUUAUGCAUUAUUCAGUUUAGCUACAAAUCGUUUAGUUCCUGAUAAGGAAGCUGUAGUAUUUCCAGUGCUAAAUGAAUGUGUCCAAAUAAUAUCGAAUCAUUUUGAAAGCGAAAAAAAGGGAGGAAAUGAAAUGUUUGUCGACACGGUUGGACUGCAAUUAUUAUCGGAUGAUACGCUCGUAAAAACUGUGUUACGUCUUUUACUUUUUGGACGCCUAAUAACAUCAUUUGUUAGAAGUACAGAUUGCAGCACACUUUCGCAAAUAGCAAAUUUAGUUGAAGAAAUUCACAAAUUGCGAGAAUUUACAAGGCUAAAACUCGAACAGAGAGGGAAAACUGCUUCAUAUCGCUUACUUUAUUUUGGUUUAAAUGAUUGGCUUCAAAUAGUAAAACCUUGGACGAAUUUCCUCCCUGCAGAUUUCACAGUGGCAAGUGAUUAG